AUGUCAACAAGGACUGUAUCAGAUGAAGCGAAGACCCAGUUUCCUGGUGGCAGUCUAAUCAUGGCAGACUUCCUUUGCUGUCUGCAGCUGCGAGAAUUUAUCUUGGUGCUCCACCAACAAGCAUGGCAAGUCAUUCAGAGAAUAUUCUACACAGUGAACAGAUCCUGGUCAGGGAAGAUCACCUUGACAGAGCUCAGGAAAAGCAACUUCUUGCAAACCCUUGCUCUGUUGGAGGAGGAAGAAGACAUCAACCAAAUCACAGAUUAUUUUUCUUAUGAGCACUUCUAUGUCAUCUACUGUAAGUUCUGGGAACUGGACACUGACCAUGACCUCUUCAUUGACCAGAAGGAUCUAUCGCAGUACAAUGACCAUGCAUCAUCCAACAGAAUUAUUGAACGGAUAUUUUCUGGUGCAGUGACAAGGGGAAAUGCUGUACAAAGGGAAGGUCGGAUGAGUUAUGCUGAUUUUGUAUGGUUCCUUCUUUCUGAAGAAGAUAAAAAGAACCCUACAAGCAUUGAGUACUGGUUCAGGUGUAUGGAUCUGGAUGGCGAUGGGGUGCUGUCUAUGUAUGAAUUAGAGUACUUCUACGAGGAACAGUGCGAGAGAAUGGAAGCCAUGGGGAUAGAACCUCUGCCAUUCCAUGACCUGUUGUGUCAGAUGCUUGACCUGGUGAAGCCUGAAUGUGAAGGCAGAAUGACCCUUAGAGACCUUAAACGAUGUAAGAUGGCUCACAUAUUUUUUGAUACCUUCUUUAACCUUGAAAAGUACCUGGACCAUGAACAAAGGGAUCCUUUUGCAGUGCAGAAGGAUGUCGACAGUGAUGUUCCAGAGCAGUCGGACUGGGAUAAGUAUGCUGCAGAUGAAUAUGAAAUCCUGGUGGCUGAAGAGUCGGCUAAUGAGCAUGUGCAGGAAGGCUCCUUUGAAGAUGAGUACGAGUCAGAUGACCUAGUUUCUCCCACAGAACUUGGAAACAAGAUGGAAAAGUUGGUCAUCUCAGACCUUUCAGCAUAGCUAUCUGAGGUGUUCCAUCACAGGACAAUCAGGCAUGGCCAGCAGCUGCUGGGAUUUGGGCUGACCUUUCUCCAAUGAAACACCAAAACAAUGAAAUGUGAUUUUCUGAGAGAAAUCACUAUGUCUCAUUUUGUAUAAUACAAAAUGUUACUUUUGUGUGUGCAAUAUAUUGGCUUCUACAUAAAAUGGCUAUAUGUCUGUGCAAUAUGUCUUAAGUAGUCUGUCAGUAAAGAUGGUCACUCUAAUUACACUGACUGCUUAUUCAACAAGUAUCACACAGAAAAAAUAUUUACAACUGUUUAUGUCUUGAGUUGUAGUACAUAUGCAGAAAUAGUGCAGACAAGUACAUUUUGCAGUUGUAAAUUUGUUUUAUUGGGUUAGAAUAAUGCUUAUCUGCUACUAAUAGUAAUCUCAAAUGAUUUUAAAUGUGAACAGGUGUUUUAUAACUGGGAGACAGUUCAUGUACCCGACUUCUGUAAUUGAAUCACUGGUAUGUUGUGAAUAUUUAGAGCAUACCUUUCACUAUUAGUUUUACAACUAAUGACACAUUACAUGCUUUAGAGCUGGCAGCCCUGUUUGUGUUGGCAUCUAAGGGCCCUCUUCUAUUAAAUGUGUUACAUCUGUAACUCUGAGUAGUGCAAAUGGUUUGCUAGGCCUUAUAAUAGAAGUCAGAACAUAGAAGCUUACCCCAGGAAAUAAGUUAUGCAUUUUCAAAAGAUUUCAAAGGAGGUAUGACUUUAAAUAAGUGAAAAAUGUUCAGUUUUAAAGAUAAAAUUAACUACUGUUUUCAUGUUAAAUUAAUUGUCAGGGGGGUGGCACUGUGGUGUAAUGGUUAGUGUUGCUGUGUCACAGCACUUGGUUCACUGGUUCAAUUCCCAGCUGCAGUGCUUUCUGUACUAAGUCUAGUUGUCCUCCCAGUGUCCAUGUGGGUUUUCUGGGUUUCUGUUUUCCUCCCUUUUCCCAAAGUGUGAAUUGUCAGUUUUCUAAAUUCCCCAUAGAUAUCUGGGUGGUAUACUUUUGUGUGUGUGUGUGUGUGUGUGUGUGUGUGUGUGUGUGUGUGUGUGGUGUGUGUGUGUGUGUGUGUGUGUGUGUGUGUGUGUGUGUGUGUGUGUGUGUGUGUGUUCUGCAACAGAAUGGUGUCCCAUCCAGCACUGAUUCCCUGGACCCUGAAUAGAAUUAAUCAGGUAUCAGAAAAAUGAAUGAUUAAGUUACCAGAACUGCUUUCUGACAUAAACAGAGCUGCUGAACAGACAUCUUUAGUCUUAUCCCAACAGCUCUAGUCAGCAUACAGAAGAGAAUUGGCUGCAUUCCUACUCCAUAGAAUGCAGUCUUUUCAUCUGUAGUACACAUACCUACUUUACCACAAGUCACUACAGGUUAUUAUUAUUGCUGUAAACUUUUACUCCCAGCUUUCAGUGACAAAGUCUGCAGUUCACAUUGCCUGCAUGUUUGUAUAUAUUGCACUUCUUACUCUUUGUGACUUUCAGAUACACUUGCAUUUCACAUUUUUUUUUCCAAAGUACAGUUUCAUAAACAUUUUCUUUAUGCAGUAAGACAAAAGAAAGGGUAGUGGGAUAUACAUUUUCCGGUUCACCACAAUGCAGUACUGUGACAAAGAAAUGUGGAAACUUAAAAUUGUCCCAAAAUGCAGCAACCAUGUGUGGACGUUUUUGAUUGCAAUACAUCAGCUGUUUGGUUUCUUGUGCUCCUGAUUUUUAUUUUAGCUUCAUGUUUAUGUGACUGUUAUGUCUCGUACUUGCUAGUUGUGCCUUCUAUCUACUCUGAGAAAUUUCUGUUUGUCAAGACAGUAAUAAAAGCAUCUUUGACUCUCCACACCUAUACCAUGUUGUGCAGGGACUCUCUCUCCAUAUUCCUUCCUAAAUCUUACAACAGGAAAUAACAUGACAUCACUUUCUUCUCAUUAAGUAAAAUGUUUAUACCACAUUCAGCUUUUUAGCCGUUCACUUCCUCGACAGUUCAGUCUUCCAUUUUUUAAUCAACUUCCAACACAGUCAAAAAAAAUCCUAAAAUAACCAUGCAUUAUGCAGUCCUUUCUGGUUCAAAUUCCCACUAUGCUACCUAUAUUCUUGUAGUACUCCACCAAUUAACCAUCUGUCAUAAAAACUUUCAAACCCAAAUGGUCACUCCAAGCAUAGUCCAGUUCCUCUUUCCACCUUUAAAUGCUAAUACCAGGCCCAACUUAUAAAAAAAUCUGUAUUAAAGACCUCCAUAUCUAAAUCAAGGUUCAUUUGCAAGCCCCUGUAAAUGGAAAAUGGAAAUGCCAGUAAACGACCCACACUUCCCAGAAAGACAACAUUAACAAACAAAAAAUUAGUCUCUGUCUGACAUCCCAUAGAUUCAUAGGUAAGUAUUAGGCUAGCAUCUCUUGCAGGCCAUUUUAA